AUGACACCGUCGUGCUCUUCGGAGGAGAUGGAGAAGCACUCUUCUGAGCCUCAUCAUCACCAUGCUCGCGAAUGGUUGAGCAAGCCAUGCCACAAAGCCGGCAAGUUCAUCAAGGGUCGCUUCUGCCACGAUCACCAACUUGGUGACAGUCAGCAAAAAACUGUGAAGCCGCAGACGUCUACCAAGACCUGUGACCCUAUCUCCCAAGCGAAAAAGGACGCCCAACGACGCGAAGAGUGGGAGAGAUACAAGGCCAUUCAGGUUAUGGGUGUCGAUAGCCACGAUUCCCGCAGAUAUGUUCGCUCUCUCGGCUGCUAG